GUGCAUCUAUGUGAGGGAAAAGCAGGGGAAAUUACCACAUACUUGAGAGAGAUCAAGGUGACAACUUAUUUGGGACGAUAAAAAUGGGUGAUAAGGAAAUAGGCUCCUUCCCUGCAACACCAAGAACUGGUUCGGCAGCACCAACGCCGCCGAUAUCGGCUCCUCCUUCCCAACUUCAUUCUCCCUCUCUUACUCGAUCACCGCUUCUUUACACGGAUGAUCACAUACAACCUGCAAGCAAAACCCCAAAAAGUUCAACCCCAAGGAUUAGAACCCCACGUUUUAUUACUCCUUUGGGAAGUCCAAUAAGAAGGGCUCUUAAGCUUACCAGGCUUGACCCUCAUGAUGCUUGGCUUCCCAUCACUGAGUCAAGGAAUGGAAAUGCCUAUUACGCUGCGUUUCAUACUCUCUGUUCAGGGAUUGGUAUUCAAGCCCUUGUGCUCCCUGUUGCUUUCACGUUCCUUGGGUGGUCUUGGGGAAUCAUAACCUUGACUGUGACCUUCAUAUGGCAGCUUUACACCCUAUACUUACUGGUCCACCUCCAUGAAUCUCCUGAAACUGGAAUGCGUUACAGCAGAUAUCUUCAGCUUUGCAAUGCAACUUUCGGUGAGAAGUUAGCAAAAUGGUUUGCAUUGUUCCCCAUCUUGUACCUAUCAGCUGGAACAUGCAUCACCUUGAUCAUCAUCGGUGCCCAAUCUUGUAGGCUGUUUUUCAAUACCGUAUGCGGUGGAACAUGCUCCGCUCAGCCACCUACCAACGCGGAGUGGUACUUAAUAUUCACUUCUGCUGCAGUGCUUCUGUCUCAGCUGCCUAAUUUAAACUCGAUCGCCGGUGUGUCGCUCGUCGGAGCCAUCACAGCUAUUGCGUAUUGCACCCUAAUUUGGGUGAUUUCAGUGGUUGAGGGAAGAAUGCCUGGAGUAUCAUACAAUCCAGUGAAAGGAAGAACUGAAGUUAUUAGAAUUUUUGAUAUUCUUAAUGCACUUGGGAUCAUUGCUUUUGCUUUUAGAGGCCACAAUCUGAUACUUGAGAUUCAGGCAACCAUGCCGUCGGACGAGAAACAUCCCUCGCGUGUGCCAAUGUGGAAGGGAGUCAAGAUAGCUUACACACUUGUCGCAAUGUGCUUAUUCCCUCUUGCAAUUGCUGGCUAUUGGGCUUACGGUCAAAUGAUACCGGUAGAUGGGGGCAUGCUAACAGCCUUAUUUGCAUUCCAUGGUCAAGAUACAUCCCAAUUCCUCCUAGGAUUAACAAGUUUAUGCGUCAUAAUUAGUUCCCUAAGCUCAUUCCAAAUCUACGGCAUGCCAGCGUUCGACGACAUGGAAUCUCUAUACGUCAAGAAGAAGAAGGAGCCGUCACCGUGGUGGCUGCGACUGAUUUUCCGGGCAUUGUUCGGCUAUCUAUGCUUCUUUGCGGCAGUGGCAAUCCCCUUCUUAGCAAGCUUUGCUGGUCUUAUUGGAGGGAUAACAUUGCCGGUCACCUUAGCUUACCCAUGCUUCAUGUGGGUUAAGGUAAAAAAACCCAAGGUGUACGGCCCAAAUUGGUGGCUAAAUUGGUCAUUAGGUCUCUUUGGGAUGGCUCUAAGUGGGCUUUUAAUAGCGGCUUCACUUUUUGUUAUUAUUGAUAAUGGUGUUGAAUUUAGCUUCUUUAAUCCUGCGUAAGAAUGUCAUUAGCAUGAGGUGAUUAGCUUCACACCCGUUGUCCAAUCACGUACUAGAGUUUUGAUUAGAUAUGUGUGUUUAUACAUUUUCAACAUGUGAGAUUUUUUUUAGAAAACAAAACAAUAAGGACAAUUGUAAGUUGUAAUAAACUCCAAUGAGCAGCCAAGUCUUUAUUCUUACA